AUGGAAACAUUAAAGAACACGGACAUGACAUUAGCCUUGAAAGAUGGUACUCAAAACUUGCCUCUUUCAAAUAAAGUGAAUUGGUCAUUCGCGUUGUCGCUUUUUUUUUUGUAGAAACACAGCGAUGAGUCCGUUUUGUAUUCCUUCUUUUAUCAUUAUUAUUAUUAUAACUGCGACUUGCUCCUUCAAUUAGAUAGUUGUUGUAGCAUUAAACAUUUGCCGAAAAUUAACGAGCAGGCCAUCGAAAACUUUAUUCGCUUUUUUUUUACUUGGGUUUACGGCUGUGAUACGCGGGGAUGAUAAGUGCGAAUUUUUGCGAAUCGUGGCAUGAGCCGCAGAUCGAGAUACUGGUAUCAAGACAAUCAGAAAUUACCGCGGAAAUUGCAUUUCUAACGCUAUGCAUCGCCGCUUUAAAUUUGUCAUCGUUGCAGACCGCUUAUAACAACCACGAGAUUCACCUUUUGCUUCAAAUCAUUGUAUUUCCUUUUCAGGUAUAAAUAACACACGUUUUAUAGCAGGUAUCGCUUUAUAUGAAUAAGGCACGGACGAAAGUCGAUUUAAACGCAAAUUGGUGAGUAGCUCGCGAAGAUAAACUUACUAUGACGGCGAUGAGCUAGAAGAGCAUCCCUGAUAAAAUGAAUUUUCUAGAAUUCUACUUUCAGUAAAAUGUCAAAUUUUUCUGAGUCUUUACUUACCCCGAUUUCAAUUCCAAUGUGACGGCUUCAAAAAACUUUUGAAAUAAUAACCUGUCUGUGUAUAAUCUUCAAGUAAAGUAACAUCUCGAGGUUCAGUUCGCGGUGUCAAUAAAUUCUUGAUUUUUGUCUCCUUUAAUUCGGUAGCCUUUGUGCGAUAGUCUCGAUACUUCCUCUUUUCUUAGGUGACUUAAAGAACAGAACACUUGUAAAACAACUAUUUGUCAGUUAGGCGCUCCGUUGCAAAACACCUGAAAUACAGAAGAAAAAAUAAUAUGGCCUCGCUUGGAAGCCCGGCGUCUUCAUAGAAUUGCUAAUAUGUUACCAAGGAAACAGAAUUCGUUGUCUUUCUUUUUUUUUUCCUUUUUAUUUCCCGAUUAUCUCCGCGAUGUCAAUAUGCCACUGUGGAAUAAUAAUAAUAUCCUGUCGUUGAUAAAUAACUUUCCUUCUUAGACGUGAGUUGUAUUAAUUUACCAAUCUUUAGAAGUCGAAAAACGAAAUUCAAUAUAAUAUGAAUCAUUUCGCAGCUGUCAUUUUUUUGAUCGCGUUUUAAAAUCUCCCUUUAGAGGACUGAAGACGUUAGUUUGAGACUUGACAUCUCUGUUUGAAUUCGCUUAUUUACACAGCAGUAACUAAAGGCAAAAUAAAAGAAAAAUGGUAAUUUCCUUUAUUAAAGAAAGUACUGGAACAGCAUUUGCUGUAUUGCUUUUUCCUCAGAUUGCGAAUGCACUCUUUCGAUUUUAUUAACAUCUUGUAUGCAAGCGCGUGGACAGGUUUUCAAGUUAUAUUUUUAAUCGAGAGGCAAUUAUUUAUUGAUGCCACUAUCACGGGAGUUCCCACAAAUAAUUAGUUAUUAACUAACUUUUUUUCUGUUAACCGGUAACAUUAUCAUACAGGGUAUUUCAGGGACAAAGUUAAAACAUUGUUUUAGUAUAGAUUACGGAUUUACGCCUAUCUGUGUGGGAGAGAUGGCGAAACGUGAUAUAUAUUAUUCUUUUAGUGAGAAAUUAAACUACAAUACUUUAACCUUCCCAGAAUUUUUUUUACUUUUGUUUUGAAAGGCUCUUAAACCAUCUACAAUAUCUCCAUGAGAAGUGCACAUGCAUUUGCCUCUGUUUUCCCGGCCCCAUGUAAGGUGAUCCGAUCCAUUCUUUUUGGAUUCUGCAUUCCAGGCUGUAAAUUCAGGAUCCCUGUACAGGACUCCACAUUCCAAUCGUCAGAAGGAUUCCGGAUCCCUUGAGCUGAAUUCCCUGGAUUCCGGAUUCUACAUUUGCUGGACAAAUCACUAACCAGCCGAUAACGUAAUUGGUUCCUCUAAGAAUGAAUUAUUCACCAGAUGGUGGCUUAUUCUGUGGAUGACAGACGAUAGCGCUACUCAGCUUUUGAACAACCGGGACCCAGUCCAGGCAACAAAAGUUUGUGACGAGACUAAGAAGUUACACACAGGAAUAACUGUUUUCUCUUCAAUCCUAAGUACAGGUCGACUAGCAUUUGUAGAUUGUUUUGUUCCCGGUAGAGGUGUACGCACUCACUUCAGGCCCUGUCCUGUUCAAGGCAGACAAAAAUUGUUCAUUUUCGAGGCUAACGUUAUCGACGGAUCUUUACGAACCCUUAUGCAAUAAGUAAAGAUCGUCUUAACGUAGCUUUACACUACUUUUCUCACGUGUCGUAAAGUGCACUCUUUAAGCAUCUUUUACGGCGGCUUGACGGGCAGCUUUACUGGGUCGACUUUAUGCACCUUUACAUGAUAGUGUAAACUUGCGUAAAGCUUUGCCUCUGAACUUUACGGAACUUUAAGAAAUCAGCUAAAGUUCGGUAAAUUUCACUUUUCGUGCUGUGGCCAUCCAGACGCUCUGAACUUAACCUCCCAAUGAGGACGCUCCUCGGGUUCCGGAGCAGAAACGCCUGACGAAGCCCUAAGAACGUCUGGGUGGGAGGCCACUGUGAACUGGGUUUAACCUAUUCUUCACAGAAGCACACGUAACCACCCGUGCGGAUCCACAUUUCUGUGUAACGCUUGUGACGUCAUCAGUUUAGACAGUCAUGGUCAAAUUUGUGAUUCACCUUUUGCAGGGUGAAAAGAUCUUUCAAACCAUACCACGAUUCAGUCAAGGAGGCCCAAGAGAUAGACGAACAAAACAUGCAACGUUGACCUGAAUAUCUCCAUGAAAAUCUAGUUCCACCAUCCACUUACCUUUCCUUGCAUCUAAUCCUAAGAACCUAAAAGCUUUCCCAAAAACAUUUCCCACCGAAAUGCCUACUAAAUGCCUAGUCACAGAAAAAAGAUGAGGUAAGAAAAGUGAAAGAAGAGGGAUAGAGAGAAAGCGAAAAGAAUAAGUCAAAGCUAUCUGCGCAUGCCCAAACUUAGAAAGCUAACUGAUUUUGCAUCUGGAUCAGAGUGUUGCAAAGUGCACGACAUAUAAACGGUUUUGUGGUAGGUGUUAGCUCUUUAUAGUCAGAGAUGGCGAGGAAACGGCUCUACAAGUUUCAAAACGCAUUUUCUUUUUUCGCAAAAAAGGGUUAAGGAUAAGCAAAAAAGCGCCAUGAGGGUCUUUAACUGAUGUUAACUGUCAACUAGUGGAUGUCAUAUUUAAAGAAACAAAUCACCGGGCAUGAAUUUGAGCCAUGGGCUGUUGAAUGCAAUUUCCUUCUCACGGGUGAAUAGAGAUUGUUAUCUAACAAACCGACUUCUUUUGUGAACGUUACAAUUUCAUAUCAGCUGAUAUCUAGAUCUCAUCUUGGCGAGUCACAGGGCUGGCUGACAUCUCCGGCAGCGUGCAUGGCGAUUGGUUGAAAAUUGCUUCAAGAAACAUAACCAGAAGGUGUUAAGAGAAAUAUGUUGUGAGAUAACCUGAGAAGGAGUCUUGACAUUUAGUUAAAAUGCAGAGUCUGAUUAUUACAUCCUGAGUAAGUUUUUGACGGUGAGUUUUUUCACUUGUAUAUCGGUGAAUGGCCGAAAACAACCGAAUUCGGCUUAUUAUAGAACGGUCUAAGUGAGGUCGUAAUAGAAAAGGGUAGAAAUUAUAGAGACUAUAACUAUAUAACUAUAAUUUGGCGGAUUGCAGGACAUAGGAAGAGCAUAAACAGAAGUCUUUUCAUUCUCGAGUUGUAUAAAUUGUACAAAACGUACAGCCUCAUAUCUCUCACUGCUACAAAGGUUUAGCGCAUGUUUGAAGACAUAAAUUAAAGGAACAUCUAAUCUAAAUUUGAAUGGUGUAACUUUCAAAAAAACAUCUUGCAGCCAUUACUACAAUAAGACCCAAUAACGUACCAAUUUCGUUCAUUUUCUUUAAAGGGUUUCACUCAGGAAAAAAAGUUAUUUUCCAUGCCCCAAGACAAAUUGAGUUGACCCUAGCUGAUAAUACUGCGUUGUAUACACGAUGAUUUUUAUUUCUUAGAUAUUUUCAGUACUAAUUAUCUACUAGCACUGCUCCGAAAGAACCUAAGCAAUUGGUUUGCAGUCUAACAACAAUGCCGACAGAAUACGGAGAGAUUAGGUACCAUGCUGUAUUUAACCUUUUCUUUCACACAUCGCUCGACAGGUGAGUAAAGUAAAAUCUUUCAAGAAAAGAAGACUCGGAAAGGGGCCAGAAAUUAAUAUCGUCGGCAAGUGUCUUCGAAGUUUCCCAGUAAACAUUGUUUACUAUAGAAGCAAAUAUAUGAUAAAAUUAUGUUGGCUAUGUUGAAGAACACAUUCAAUUCCAUUUCAGAUAGAUUCAACACAAUGCGAAUUUAAACAGCUGCUUGAGUAUUGUCUGACUCGUCUUCUUUUAAAAAAGAAAAAACGGUGUCCAUUUUCAUCUAAACGCCUUUCAAUAGAUUCCCUUGAUUUAGUGUACAGAGGCAAAUGGGACAUCUGCAGAGCGGACGUCAAAAGACAAACAUGCUGUAUUUCUAUAGAUUACAAAAUUUUAAUUCGGCGGGAAUACUAUCUGGCUGUCCUGUAAUUUCGACCUUAUUUACGUUAACCAACUCUUAGUGAUUAUUAUUAACUAUUAUUUUGAUUCUUUUUCCCACAGGGAUAGUUUUUGUUUUCGCUAAUGGUCACUAUCUGAAAGUUUUAUAGUUAUCUUUUGAUUGACGUCGCCUCUAUUAUGCCACCGUCUGCCCAGUCAAUACGGGUUUUGUCGACUUUUGUCAUCUUCUUCUGCGCACUGUAAAGUGGUCCAUUUUCAGCUAAUUUAGUUAAAAGGCAUCUUUCAUUUGGAAAUAAUAUCCUUUGAGGUAAACCUUUUAAUUCACAUUGUUCUCGUUUUUAAAAAAUUUACUAAAAGAAUUAAACUCUCAAAAUCUGUUCUUAGCUGGGACGAGUUUUAUCUCUUUUUCUCUGAUUUCUGAGCCGUAACGUGUAGCUUUCAAAACUGCACGAUAUUAUUCCAGUAGUAACUGCAUCAAAGUAACCUCAGUUAACUUGAGUUUAUCGAGGACUGUUAGUCCGAACGUUGAUUCUUUUGCUAGCAAAGUGUAAUUAAAAACAAUUUAUUAUUCGCUCAACCUUAACUAGAAUUCUGUUCCUCAAUAAAACCAUAUACAGUCGACUUUCGCUUAACGGACUGCACCUCUGUAAGACGGACACCUCUGUUCAACGGACAGUUAGAGUUGGUCCCUGCCUUUCUUUACUCCUUUUAUUUGACUCUCUAUAAGACGGACAUCUCUCUAAGACGGACACUUAGUGCCGGUCCCAAAGGUGUCCGUCUUAGAGAGAGUUGACUAUAUAGCCUUGUGUAUACACUAUCAUUUUAUCACGCUGAUCUCUAUUGGCCUUCAAGGAUGUUCUACAUGCGUGUUUCCGUUCUUCUGUCCUACAUUACAACCAGCCUCCUACAAAUAAAAAGAUCUUCUACAUGUCCUAAGCUGGUCAGCUCCGACAAUCAUGCAAUGGUUUCCAAGUCACAACGUGGAAUUUCCUUUUUCUGGUUGGUAGGCGGCACUUUAACCAGCAAAUUUAAGCCUCGGGUACCAUAUAACUUAAGGUACCCUGAGCGGAAGGUUUUCCAUAAACUAAGGGGGUCGACUAAGAGUUAAGUACCGUCCCGUAGUUCACAGCUGUUUUCAUGUUGGAGCAGACGGCUGUAGCCAUAUGUAAAAAUAGCUCUCAAUUCAGUGUAUCUUAUAGACGAACGUUAAGGAUUAAAGAACGUUUCACUCCAGAAAAGAAAUUUUCUCCUUGAUUUUAUUUCUUAAUUUUUCUACACAGUAAAAGAGCGGAAUCCAAAUAGGUGACGAUUUCAAGAGGGUCUGAAUGGGGGGUCCACUUGUCGGUUGUCGGUUAAAAUUUAGUUACUUUGUCGGUAGUCGGUUAAAAUUUUCGAUCUUUGUCGGUUGUCGGUUAAUCUCAGUUAGUAAGUAAAAAUGCAUGUUAAUUAUUAAUUUUUGUUGCGCAUUUCACUCAGUUUCAAGACUUUGAUCGCUAUAAAACAUGUAAAACUUGUAAAAAUGCAUCAUGGAUCUGAUUGAACUUAAACUUCAUUAUGCAACAUGAUAGUGUAUUUCACCAAAGCUUUUAUUGCAAAUGCGAACUUGGUUUCCCUGUUGAUUACAGGGCACCAUAGAAAGUAAUGAAGAGAGGUUAAUUGGACACAGAGGGAAACGCCCACUCUAACCUUUUGGAUACGUAAAUUAUUUUUGGUGAAAAACUGCAAGAGGUGACAGGUUGCACAUCUAUACCUGCGUGAAACCGUGUGUUGACCUUUAAUAUUUUGGCUCUAACAAGCAUGUUCUUUGCCAUGGUUUUCCUCUCUAUUAGGAAAUAAGGGGUGGUUCUUUAAAAAGUUAGCAAAGUAGCGGUUGGUUUUGUAUGAGAUUCCACUUUUCCAUUAAAGCUUCUUUUACAGUAGACACUAAGGGCUGGUAUUAGGGAACUUAAGAACCACGACGACAACUUUGUCGACGACGACCAGAAGUGAGUUACAGUGUACUGCGCAAAUUUCGUCGUCGUGGUGUCGUCGACGACGCCAAACAAACUACAAUCACGUCGUCCUGCAAUCCACAAGAUUCGGCAGGUAUAAUGCACCUAUCAAUGUAAUGCCGGCGGGGAGGGAGGCAGAGCGUAGGGUGGGGAUUUGACUUUUUAAUUAAAUUCCCUGCCCACCGGCAAAUCAUUCCAGUCAAAUGCAACCAAAUUUCCUUACCCUAGGCUGCACAUUGCUGUCAAUCCAAAGGCAGAACCCAAGAAAGGCACAAUAAAAAUAUCUCCAAAUAAAACUCUGCAAUCUUUUAUAAACGUUUCUGCAUCACCAAAGAUACAUGUUCCUGUUACAGCUGCAAUUAUACGUUUUAACCAUAUCCGUGUUACACUGCGUAGAAUACAUAAACCUUUAGGAGAAAGUCCACAUUUUGUAAGUUUAAAUAUACCGUUCUUAGUAAAGGGUAAAAAAAAGUCAGUUUCGUAAGUUUACACUGAUUGUAGCGAAUGAGCUGAUACACUAAUCAAUUGUACUUGCAAAAAUCGACUUGAUUUUUCUUUACUUUCGUUUACUUCGAUACCACAGUAUUUUAAGAGGUUCAAUUGAUCAAAAAAACGCUCAAAGAAAUGAAAUUUGAAGACAAAACAGUGAAAUCCACUCAGCCUUCGCUUGUUCUCAAUGGCCUCCAUGACUUCCUGAUCUUUUCAAACCGUACGGCGCAUGCGUGAAGCGUGGCAGCGAGAAACAGAUGCUAGGUAUCAGUCUUGUUCGCCCAAGUCGGCAGUCAAAUAUAUCCACGUCGGGCGAAGAAAGAUUCAAAUAUGCCCCCCCGGGAGAACAAGAUCAGUCAGGAGCCUAUCAAAUUUGAUGGGCUCCUGGAUCAGUCAAAUGCCCUACCCCAGGGCCAACAAAGACAAUCAAAUCCCCACCCCUGGUGAACGUAGUCCUGAAUAGGACUGUUGUUGUUGACAGUGACUGACGUUUCGACAACCUGUGCGGUAGUCACGAUGUUAUUAGUCGUCUGUCAGUUAAACCGUGAUGUUAUUGGCUAUGAAGACUAAAAAUGAAUUGUUUUACUUCGAAGAAUUACAACAGCUGGGGAGGCCGAGCGAGCGAACUCGUAAGUGAGAAAUUUAUUUGUACGUAUUUAGGUAAGGCAAAUCAUAUAUCUUUAAUAUAGAGGAAGUAAACUUUAUAUGGAAAACAGCUAUCACAUCAGAAUGUCCCUUUUCCCAAACCUAAACUCUGACAGACACUCGGACUCGGUCAUCUCAUUCAGGUUUAAAGUUGAAUAAUCUUUGUGCGGAAAGCAGGUGUUUUUCCACUCGAAAAGGUAAGACAACACAAAAAAUUCUCCAUCGUCAAUGAAAUUAGACGUACAGCUUAAACAUUAGAUCUUGCAUUGUUUUAAAAGACGCCAUUGCGAAAAACUUUGUUGCGAACGAACAUCACAGUUUUCAUUUGUGUUUACAUUCAGUGUGGUCGUCGUCGACCUACCGACCGAUUGCAUCUUAAGUUUCCUUUUUCCUUUUUUCCUGCCGAAACUGACGUUCUCGUUCCAGUCUUUUUCUAGUCAACAGACGUCGUCGUCGUGAACUUCGUCGUGGUUCUUAAAGUUCCCUAUUGUGUCACUAAAAGCAACAUUUCUUUUCCUUCCUUGCUCGGUUUUGUUUCAGGAGCACGGACUUCGGUUUCUGUGAGUUUCAUUUAUUUCUGAUUGCAAUUUGUCUUUCAAAUUGUGUUGGUAGCCUCUGUCCAUCAUCAACCAUCAAGCGUUCUUUUGAAUUUUGAAACACUUUCCUCAAACUCUUUUGACGAAUCGGCGGGUGACAAGCCGCAAAAUGUGUGGUGGAAGGUUUCCGUAGUCUUUACAUCAAGGAUAACUUUUUCCUUUAAUCUUGUGCCUUCGUAUACAACUGUGUCUAAAAACAUUGUCUCAGUGAAUUUCGGUGGUGAAUUUAAUAGUUAGAAUCAUGUAAGUUUGCUUCUUCGAAGAAAGUUACGAUGUCUGGUUUAAAGACGGUUUAGCUGCUUAUAGACUUUGUGUUUCAAUAUAUGACAUGAAAAUGUUGGCAGAGGAAACUGCUUUGUGCCCAUCGCGGUACGGUGGGUUUGGAGGUAGAGCUUUCCAUUGAACUGGAAAGAAUUUUCUUUGAGGAUUAAUCUAAGCAUUUGUCGCAUAUAAUGUUUAGGACUAGGCGGGUUGUAGAAAUUUUUCGCAUACGCUCUGCAAACCGAUUUCAAUAUCCUCGUUUUGUGCUAUUGACUUGUAAAAAGCUUGUGACGUGGUAUCUUUGGUUACUUCCUAGAAAGGUAGAAAAAUACAAUAUACUCUUCUUUCUGAAAAAAAUAUAGGUAAUGUCGGUCCAUGUCGGUAGUCGGUUAAUAAUUUUCCUGUCGGUAGUCGGUAAUUUUUUCCGCGUUUUGUCGGUAGUCGGUAAUAUUUUUUGCCCUUUGUCGCUAGUCGGUUAACCCCAUUCACACCCUCUUUCAAGAGAAGGAGUGGCUGAAAUAAUAUGAUUAUUGGCUCUUAAACUGAUGUUUAGAAAAUAAAAAGAAAAAGAUCAAUAUCCGCUAACAGGUUGUCUAUAUAACGUACCUGUAAUCAUGUGUAAUAUGUCAGCUGUCGUUAAGCUUCCAAAUGGUACCAAAUUAAAUUCGCUUUUAUAUGCUGAUGAUUUAAUUAUUAUAUCACGAUCUAAAAUCGGAUUGCAGAACUGUCUCAACACAUUAUCCUCUUUUUGCAACUCUUGGAUGUUAGAUAUAAAUUCCAAAAAGACCAAAGUUAUGGUCUUUCAAAAACGAGCGAAGAAAAACUCCAAUCUAGAAUUCCAUAUAGGUAAAGAAACCAUUGAUACUGUCCAUGAAUAUACAUAUUUAGGAACCCGUAUCUCCUCAACCGGUAAUUUUAAUAUCUCCCUCGAACACUUGAAGGAGAAGGCUCUUCAUGCUCUUUUUAGUUUAAGAAAACACACAAACUUUAGCAAAUUAAAACCUUCUCUUUCUUGCAAAAUAUUUGAAACGAUGAUUUCCCCGAUAUUAUCAUAUAAUAGCGAAAUUUGGGGUGUAUAUGUAAAACAUGAUUUUAAAGCUUGGGACAAUACCCCAAUUGAAAAAACCCACUUGAAAUUUGGCAAGCGUUACCUAGAAAUAAGCAAUAAAGCUUCAAAUGUUGCAAGUAGAAGUGAAUUGGGACGGUUCCCAUUAAUUAUUAAUAUUUAUAAAAACAAUUAACAUCCUUUAUUACAUAUUGUAUCUUCUGCGUAAAAACGAGGAUACUAUUGUUAAACAAGCCUUUCGUACUUCGCUAGAACUUCACUGUAAUGGUAAAAAUAGCUUUUACAAUAAUCUUAUGAAAAUAUCUGAAUAUUAUGACCUCCCUGAUUUUGAUCCUAAUAAUUUAAGUGAAGCUAAGAUCAAACACUAUAUAGAUAUAGUAAAACAAAAAUAUAUUGCAUAUUGGCAACAUACAAUCCAUCAUUCUAAGAAACUACAAUUUUACAGCUUAUUUAAACAUGAUUAUAAAAUUUCAAGUUAUCUAGACUUAAUUAGAAAUUCUGCGAAUAGGAAAGAUUUAGUGAAAAUUCGUAUAAGUAACCACAAACUCAUGAUUGAAACUGGAAGAUAUAAUCAAACUUCCCGCAACGAUAGACUCUGUCCUAUUUGUAACUCUGGUAUAAUUGAAGACGAAUUUCAUUUUCUCUUCCAUUGUCCAAAAUACUCAAUCCCAAGGGAGAAAUUCUACGAUCAAACCCAACAAAAUUUUGUCGAUUUUGAUCAGCUAUCUUACACAGAAUUAAUAAUUAAAUUGAUGAAUUCACAGAAUUUUUCCGUAAAUUUCCCAUUUGUUGAAAUUUGUCUCAUUAUGUAAUGAUUUACGUAAUAAUUUGUUAUCAAGUCAUGCUGAUGACACUUGAUUGACUACAGUCAUCAUUGCAUUAUCAUUGUUAUGAUUUGUUUGUUUGUUUGUUUGUUUGUUUGUUUUUUUUUAUAUUAAAGCUUUUGCAAUACUGUAACUACAUGAUUAUAGUCAUGCAAAUAAAGCUUAUGUUGUUGUUGUUGUUGUAGCUCUAUUUUAUUGAAAUUGUUAAUUUUUCUCAGAAAACAGGAAAUGAUCAGAAGGUUUUAAUUUUCUGGUUUUCAUGACAAUCUGAGUAUUAUGACCAGAACUGCAUUAUAACUAAAGCAAACUAUAUAUAUUAUUAAUACAUUUCUUUCUCAAUAUUAACAUUUUGUUGUUUCAGUUUGGCUUAUGAUGAGGAAUGCUUGGGACUGGUCUUGCAUAAUGAUCGUUGUACUCUUCUCAGCUUUGAAUGGUUAGUAGGGACCGGUAUGCUCCUGGGUUUACCUUUGGAAAAUUAUUUAUUGGCUCUUUCUAACUUCGGCACAGAGGAUAAUGAGCUGAAUCAAAAUUUUGCACAAAUAAAGUACUCAUCGUCCUUAACAGUAUAAAGUAAAAAUUUUGUGUUUCUGAGUCACGUGAUAUGUCACGAGACCAUUUUUCAAAAAAUCUUAAAUGAUUGGCAAAAUGGUGGCAGGUGUAAGAAAAGAAAUCAAGCAAUAAAAUUUUUCUCAUUGCAAUUAAAUAUUUCGAACUCUUCACGUUUGGAAUGACUGUCCAUUGCACCUCAGAAAAAAAUAAUGAGGGAAAAAAAUAUUUGAAAUACCAAUUGAACAUUAACUGCAAAGGACCGCAAACGAAUAUGUUGCAGAACGUAGGAUCAAAAGAAGACCCGAUCAUCAAAAAUAUACCAAUGCGGCCACGCUGAUCGUACUACGUGAAAAUUAACUUUGCAAGACACAUCAGCGCGACACCAAAAGAACCCAAAACAGAACGGGGCUGUAGCCGUCGACAGCUUUCGGUGUCGUGUUGAUGUCUUGCAAAGAUAAUUUUCACGUAGUACGAUCAGCAUUGUAGAAUUCUCAAUUGUCUGUCAUAUCAAAUGCCCUAAUUUAAUCUUGAAUUUAAUGUUUAAAGCUUUAAUUUUAAACUUCGUGGACAUUCAUUCCGAACGUAGAAAGUAAGGUAUAUUCACUCUCUAUCAGAAACGCCAAUUUAUUUAUCCAAACAAAGUAAUUCGCCACCAAUUGGCCAAUUUCCUUCAUUUUCAAUUUUUGGUCACGUGACACGUCACAUGACCAUAAAUAAACUUUUAAGACACAAGAAGACCUCAAGAUUUUUUUUGGAGAAAAAAAUUCAUUUUGUUGUAGGUAUCCUAGCAAGAGUCGAUAUUGCCAAUCAAUCGUAUGCUCCGAACGCCCCUUUUAUUACAGUUGAUCCAUUUACAACAGCAAUAAAACAUGCUAAAGAAUGGAAACUUAUAAAUUUUCCCUGCUAAACGUCUUAGUCCUUUCUCAAGGUAUGUUUUUCGUGUUUGUUAGGAUCGCCGAUUAUUCUGACGGGGAAUACAGAUUAUUCAACCAAUCUACACAAUUCUACUUCAUUUCAAUGCACGACAAACUUCUCGUCAAACAUCACGUGGUAUCACGACAAUCACACCGUCCAAAGCAGUGCGUAUUACACAAUCAACAGAGAUGACAAAAUGAGUUUGCUGAUAGUUAAAGACAUCAGCUGCCAACGAGCAGGAAAUUAUACAUGUGUGGUGACGAAUAAGUAUGGUAGUGACCACCGACAAUUCACCAUUACCAUAUUUGGUAAGAAUAUGACAUCUGGGUAUUAUUCACUGAUCAUAACACAUAAUAAUUCACAAUAUUUCAGCAAAGGGUCUCAAACUGUGAUGUUCAGUCUUUGAAGAACAAGAAGGCUAUGUCACUGUGACUAUUUACCACUUGCACAUCUCACGUAAUACACCUUGUUUGCUCCCCCAAAUUUUGCAUAAACCCUUUGUUUUUCAUUUCUCCUGGGUAUUACAGCCGUCCCGAGAGAAAUUGAAAACAAUGCUUAUAAAAAAUAUUGAGGGGACAAACAAGGUACAUUUUGGGAUAUGUGCGAGUGGCAAAUGAGUUCUGACUUUUUUACAACCAGAUUUACCACGGCCUCCCUCAAAUAUUGCGGUGGAUCCGCAAACAAAACAAAUGACGUGGAAGAACGUUCCUGGUUAUAAGUGCCUUCCAGAGUCACACUUCGUUGUACAAUACAAGAAGUAUUCUUCGAUAAAGUGGAAUAACGCUGGCUAUUUUGACAAAAGAACAUUCGACCUCAAGAAUGCUACCAAAGGGGAGAAGUAUCAUGUCCAGAUAUACGCCAUCAACGUUGUUGGAAAAAGCCAAAUUAAGAGUGUUGCUUUCUGGACAAACAGUAAGCUUAAUUGAUUUAGGUUUUACCUUGUCCCAGGUUGUCACUGCAAUUACUUAGCAAUGCCGACAUUAAAACUGAAUAACGAUUUACAUUCUUCCAAAACUGAAUGAGUGAAUAGUCUUUUCCAAUAAAAUGUUUUCAAAAAAACCCGUUAGACGAUUUGGCGGCAGAACAAAAUAGCAUCGACAAACACCUACGAUGCGAUUCAGGCGCGUUGUGGGCUUAGUAUCCUAGCCUUUGACUGGAUGUGAGGUUGAGUUGACCUUAUUUUGAUACAAACAUCUUUCCUUUCAUUACGGAAAUUAUGCUUUAAAAAUAGUUGGCAUAAAGAAAAACAACGUGAUUUACAUAAUACAGCAGAUGGGGCUGUAUCAAAACGAGGUCAACUCCAGCCUCGUUUUCACUUGUAACUGUGCUAGGCCAUCUCGAAUUGCUCGAGUCUGAUCGGACAAUAGGAGCCAUUGUGAAAGUUGGAGAUCAUAAUUAUGUAACAUAUGAAACCCCCAUCCGCCUAACUUCGAUUCGACUUCUCCAUCACUGUAUUUUUUAUUAUUCAUAGAUCAGGCCCUGUCCUUUUGGAAAUGGAAAGUUUUUUCUUAUACAAGUUCACAUGUAACGUUUUUGAAUCGUUUUCUCCCGUCGACAUGAAACGCUAAAACGAUGGAAAUACGAUAGCACCCCUUACAGAGCAUGCGUAAUGCUAGUUGUAUAGUGUUAGCAUUAGGUAACAUCGGCUAAAGCCAUAUUGUUUCUUUCAGUGAGGAGCAACUUAACGCCAACUUUACUGUGUAAUAUAAAAUAAAAUAGAUAAAUAGAACUGGGAUGUUUUGAACCCGAAUCACUAGCUUCAAAGCCUACAUCCAUAUUCGCUACACCAUCGAGGACAACUUCGUUCCCAGGGUUCUCUCCUACCCGCCCUACGCAGCGAGAGAGAGAGAGAGAGACUAGACGGAAAGGAGAAAGAACCUGGGAACGAGGCUGCAUCGAGGACUAUCUACCUAUUCCAGUAAUUUUUAAAAUAUACAUGUACUUGUGGCAUAUCCCAUCAUCAUAUUUGAAACCUCGCCGUUUUCAGUUGAGUGCUUAACCCUGGACACUACAGAUCAGUGUUUUAUUUUUUUUUCAGUAAUUCUACAAGGUUAGUGGGGUUCUGCUAUUGUAUCGUCACGUUAAGAGAAUAAUGUGUUGUGUAAAUCUCAUAAGGUGUCCAAUCUGGUUUCAACUGAUGUUACGUAAGGCUAACCGUCAUAUACGAUUAGUACGACAUCAUCGUUUUCAAAAAUCUCCAUUUCUAUAUCAAACAUAGCUUAAAUUGUCCAAAAAAAAAAGAAAGUCAGAAUUCACAUUCUUUUAAGGCAAUGUUUGAUGAUUUUGAAAAGAAAAUCACAUAUUUUAUUUGUUCUCAUUUUUCUAACUAGUUAAGCCAACAGAUACUUAUCUAGAAGUCAAUGGUACAGCCGUCCAAGACGCACAAAAGAUAUUUGUAAGCAAAGGGCAACGAGUGAGGGUGCGUUGCCUCGUAACAGCAGAACCAAAGCCUAGAUUCGUAUGGCGCAUUCCCGGCUCUGUGUUUAAGCUAAUAUUCUAUAGAAUCCUCCUGGUCAGUGGCAUAAAAUGGCAGGCGUCGCUCGGCAUCAAUAGCAUGAGCUGCAGUUUGUCUGGAACAUAUUCCUGUAUGCCGUACAAUGCACUAGGAUAUGGGUCGAGACCAACCAUUACGUUUGAAGUCUUAGGUAGGUUUUUCUUAGUUUUUUUGCUCUUGUUGUCAAUUUUGCGCCUUAUCUAUCAUCAUCAUCAAUUAUUUUCACACAAAUUAAAUGCCCACAGUACCUACGCCUUUAAAACAUUUAGUAUAUCAUACGAUAAAAAAAUACAAAUAAGCAUCACUUAAUACAUUUAAAGUUGAACGUUUAAGACCGCCUCAAAGGCAAAAUAACAGAAAAAAAUUACUUGAAUGAAGUUAACAUUAAGUUAAACAUCACAGGCUCGUUUACGCGAUUCGAUUUGUCGGGUGUUCUAUUGGCGGCCAAUUCACGGGUCGAUCUUUCGACCAUAAGGAAAAAGACAAACUGAAAACCAAAAAUUGAUCCAAUUUUUGCGUCCGCCUUAUUUUAUUUCGUAUUACGAUAAGGCGAAACAUUUUUAGUGUACUGUGUAAAUUGGCUUAAAAGUACAUUUCUUGACUUAAUAUCUCCUGUUUACAGAGCCUGAUCCACCGAAAACGUUUGUUGUUGUUUUCGCGAACAUCACCACGGUACAAAUUUCAUGGUCAGCUGACAAGUGCAACGGAAUUAGAAAGCCUAGCAGUCUUUUCGUUCGAUAUAGAAAAGAGGGUUACAGUGCAUGGAUUGAAGAUCAUUACAACAAUCCUCCGCAGUCAAUAUUUCUUACUGGAAAGUUUCAGUACGAAACAGUGUACGAGUUUAGUUCUCGCCUGGGGUACAAAAACAGGAUCGGUGUGUACAGUCGCCCCCUAAAACUUCGAUCUCCAGGUAAAGUCAUCAAAAUUUCGAGGUCAGCUAUUGUCAUUCUAACUGUUAUCUGAGUGCGCUAAGACCGUUUCUGAAUUUUGUUUCGUACUCAGGGGAUUGACCGCCGCCUGGUUAGCUCAGUUGGGAGAGCGCCGGUCUGCCGAGCGGGAGGUCGCGGGUUCAAACCCCGGCCGGACCAACACUCAGGGUCUUUAAAUAACUGAGAAGAAAGUGCUGCCUUUGUAAUGACAUCUGCAAAUGGUUAGACUUUCAAGUCUUCUCGGAUAAGGACGAAAAACCGUAGGUCCCGUCUCACAGCACUCUCACUGAUCUGUUCUUGUGGGACGUAAAAGAACCUACAUCACUAUUCGAAAAGAUUAGGGGUCGUAGACCCCGGUGGUGUGGCCAACCUUUACGGGUUGUGGGUGUGGGAUUGGGCAGGGAUGGCACCUUGCAUGGGACCUUUGAGUCCCUUUCGUGCACAUUCCCUCUGGGCAGGCCUGUGUCCAGAAAAGCUGGCAAAUAAAUAAAUAAAUAAAUAAAUAAAUAAAUAGAUAUACGAAGGUCCGCAGUUGUCUCGGAUGCUUUACUUUUCCAAAUGCUCAUCUUGUACAAGCUCUCCCCCGGGGGUACUCACUCAAAAGGCCUAUACAGGAAGGCUUUGCCUAAAAAGGUACCUUUUUCAGGCUUCAGGUAUCAGAAAGGGUAGGGAAUCAAAUCAACUCAAAUCAAAUCACUGGUUUAUUGUCCGUUUUGCAGUCGGAAGACUGAAUUGUAGGAUACCUUACAAGUUGUGAUAUAUAUAUGUAGAGGAUAUUACACGGUGGCGUGAAGGUAUGAAUUUCAUUUUCGAGUGGCAAAACAAUAUUUUACGAACGAGCGCAGCGAGUGAGUAAAAUAUUGUUUUUGCCACGAGAAAAUAAAAUUCAUAUCUUCAAGCCGCCGUGUAAUGUUUUUUUUAUUAUAUAGACAAAAAGACAUCGAUAAGAUAACAGAGGGAAAUGACCGAAAUUACGUCAUCGAUAAACUCACGCGUGAGAUUAUGGAAAAUAAACCACUCGGGUCCCAGAUGUUGUUUUUAUGAAUUUUACGAGUGGUAUAUUUUCCAGUAAAACACUCGUGUCUAUAUAAUAAAUACUAAUACGCUACAUUGAUUGUCAAGAUAAAUAUUUAACACUAACCAAAAUUUGAGAAACGUUCAGUCCUUGUGGCCUUGGGCCUGCUAGAACUCCCUGAUCUUAGACACACACUGGUAGAUAUAGGUACCACUCUGUUGUGUAUUAGUGGGUAUAAUGGGUUACCUGGCCGAACCUUACCUAUAAAUUUGAUACAGAUAAUAGACUGUCCGACGGUCAGAAAGAGUGGAUAAUGCAGCUUUGUCAAGUGCUGUUUCAUAGGAUAAUGGAAAGGGCCCUUUUUUGAAUUAGUUAAGGUAUAUGAAAGGGUAGGGAAAUCUGUAACUUCCGUCUGUAACCCAAAAGGACAAAACAGAUGCACUUUAUGGCUGUGAAAAGAUCGUGGAAACGCUCUGAUUUUGUGAUUUAUUCAUAUCUCAAACUGACAGUGCGUAUACAGCAGCCUCCCUGAAUAAAACUUUGUUUAGUACCCCCACUCCGGGUACACAGGCACCAGAAGCCGACUGUAGAUGUCUUCAAGUCAAAGAGUAGAUCACUUAAUCAGCUGAACACAAUGCUUUGUUUGUUUUUAAAUAGAGCUGAAGGAAUCCUUCUAUAUGGUGACAAUAAAGAUACUCAGCGAAGCUUACAGGGAGCAACUGAGAGACCAGCGGUCGAUGGAAUUUAUAAAGUUGCGCAAACAAAUCAGUGAACUGGUAUGAUACUAUUUAAUAAAUAGGGUACAUAUGCUGAUUCAGUCUGUUGACGAAAUUCCUAUGGUGACGGUCCCUUAAAGAGCCGCUGCGACGAUUAUUUGCCACUUAUUCAAACCCACUGCACCGAGGUGGAAAUUUUUUUGCAUAAACAUAUUAAAAACUAUAAAAUUUUACGUGGUUGGGAGGACGACCCGCUACGAUGUACAUCCAAAUCAGCUGAACAGACUAAAAAGAGUAGAAAAAUUGCAAAAAAAAAAAACACUACAUCAAAUCACGGCCCAUAUUUUCUGAAGCGCCCUAAACGGAAUGGCUCGAAUCAAACAUUAAUUUUCCAACCAGAACUUCCGGAUUUCCCAUGUAAAUGCAUGGUAAGUACGUAUCCAUCCCCGCGAGAUUCGCCGGGAAUUUCGUCGGAAAAGGGGAGCAACACUCAUCCCGGGGAAUGAGAUUGUGAAAACGAAACGCAAUUUGUUGAUCGUAGGAAGUGGGUUUGUAUAAUUUUUGUUUUAGUGAACCAACGUCAAGUAAGAAAUGUUAAAAAAAAACCUUUUAAAAGUAACGCAUUUUAGCGACCACGAUAUGCGAUAGGCAGCGGAUAAAAGCUGACGAAAUUACAGAACUGGGGUAAAAAUUUGGUUAGGAUGACUGGUUCAGCGAACCCUGUUGGUGUUCAAUCUUCAAUAGCAUGGCUUGUAAGCCUUGGCAGCGUAUAUGGUACUAUUUUUGUUUAAAUGAUGUAAAAAAAAACAAACCAACAAACAAUUACUGAACAUGCAUCACUUUUAAGAUUUGACCUCAGUUUUAAUUUUGGUAGCUCUUGGAAGGAUCAGUUAAACCCUUGUUUUGGCAAGAACAUGAAAAAUACAGACAACAGGGCCGCUGUUAAACGUUCAUAUAAAAAUUUCAGAGGCCCUCUGUAAGUCAAGUACGGCCCGCGUUCAUGAAAAAAAUGCCUGGUGUAAAUUUCAAAGAAAAAAGGGGUGAGCCCUAUUUAGUCUAUUUAACAACUGGCUUCAGGUCAUAAGCAGCUGGGGGUCUUAAACACUACAUGAAAAAAAAAGGAAAUUAACGUUGGAAAAUUAAAUUUUUCGGGCCUUUUUGUUGGGGAAGCUUGAGAAGUUAUAGAGUCAGUGCUCUUUUUAUUUUAGUCUCUUCAGAAGACUUGGCUACGCUCGUGGGUUGCUCGUUCCGUUAAGAGGUCAUAUUUAAUUGCUAAAUGUUUGUGGAUGAGAUUUUCAACCGAAUGUUUGACUGUAUAAAUUGUAAGCAUGGUCCACCAUUGAUGGUCAACUCCGAGACAGAAGCCCCAGAGUCUUUAUAGCAAUCUUGGGUAAACGAAUUGGAAAGAUCAUACAAUACAAUUCAAUAACUUUAUUACCUCUCCCGAAGUGGCUAUUCUGAGAUAAUGAAUGAUUUUCCAGUAAUCGGACACUUAGUUAUCCGCACAGGAUUAUGGGAUCGCCAGGGGGCAAACAUUGCAAGUCGCUUCAAAGGAUUGUAUGGCGUGGAGCUGUUUCUCCUUUAAAAGCAGUGUCUUUGGACAGAGAACGUAACAUUUUGCCGUUAUUUUAUGAGAAGCGGAGGUGACUAAUAUUGGUGCGAAGAAAUUGUAAGUUUUUGUGGGAUCAAUGCGAUGAAAUCUAUCGAUAUACACUGAUUCUUGCAAAAGGUCGACUGUGAAUUUACUGAAUGGUCUCGAAAUAUAUAGCACUAACUUAGGUAUAAAUGAGCGGGGAAUGCGGACUCAUUUAAGCCUUUCCAGUUGUACUUAGAUGUGCUCAUAUUUACAACGAGUGUAAUUACGCUCCACUCGGCGGCGAUCACAAUGCUGUGCCGGCUUGUGACAACGAUCGAAGGUAAGCUUAUGUAUUGUCGAAUUUGAUAUGGAAUAAAUUUAAAAACAAAAACAUCUUCCGCUCAUUAGUAUAUUGAUUUCUUCUCGCCAAAAAAACACAAGCGAAAUGUUUUGUCAUGAUCCAGAGAACCGAUGAGUUCUAAUGCCUUUUCCAAUCAUUUUGAGGGAAGAUAUAGAAUCUCUGAAUUUGGCACAUCAACUUGGUAUUGAUUUUCACACUCACCGCUUUUGUAUCGGAAAUCUUACUGGUUUGUACGAUUUCUGCCUCAUCUACUAAUGGUUAAAUACCAUGUACUUUCCAUGAAAUAUUUUGUAGAUGUCAUUUUGUUUAUACCAAAGUAGAGGAGGAUUUUCUAUUUUUAUGGCCACGUACAUACCUACGAUCGUUGACUUGUCACAACCCGCAAAGCGCCGCACAGCGCUGAUCGCGGCCGAGCGUAGCUACACUCGUCGUAAAUAUCACCACACGUAAUUAUAACUUAAACGCUUAAAUGAGCCAAUCCCCCUACAUGUAUACCUAAAUUUGCACUGUAUAUUUCGAGACCUUUUCUUCGAAUUCUUCAUGUCUGUGUAAAUUCAGUGAACAAAAAUUUCAAACUCAACCUCACUCAAGGAGUGUUUAUCGAUAGAAUUUAUCGCAUUAAUCACAUAGAAACUUGAAAUUUCAACGCACCAACAUUAGUCACCUCCGUUUCUCAUAAAAUCACGGCAAAAUGCGGCAUUCUAUGUCCAAAGACACUGCUUUUAACGGAGAAACAACUCGACGCCAUACAUUUCUUUGUAGCGACUCGCAAUGUUUGCCCCCUGGCGAUCCCAGAAUCCUGUGCGCAAAACCUGGAUAUCCGAUUACUGGAAAAUCAUUCAUUUACAAAGGAAUAAUAACCAUUUAUUUGCAAGAUUUCACGGUUAAAUCUAAGGAACAAAGCAAGUGAAACUUGCUUUUUUAAGUACAAUAUACCAUUCUAAACUUCGUACGUGAAAAGUUCGAGGGGCUCAAGUGAAGACUGCAUGGUUUAAGCCGAUCUAAAGUGACUUUCAUUCGAAAAAUUUGGAUUUCGAUCAGCCAUGAGGAAAGUUAAAAGGUGGCGGCUAUCUAUUUCCCUUGAUGUAACUGUAACUGUGAUUUUUAAAAUUGCUGCCAACAACACUUCAAUUGGAUAGCCCUGCUGAUUGCACUUGAUUUCGUCGUAACCGUAGGACUCUUUUAAAAGCUGCGCGAUACUGGCGGUUUCUUAUACAGUAAAUCAACGGGUUGAAUAAAGAGUUGCAGAACACAAUAGACAGAGAUAUCGCUUCCAGUAAAAAUACCAUCACAGAUGUGCCGAUGCGAGGUGACAAAACAACUCUCAUAAACAUAUGAGGGAGAGUGGUGAACAACGCUGCCCCAAGAACGAGCCUUGUAGUCUUCAAAGCUUUGUUUUCUCUUAAAAACGUUUCCUUGGCUUCCGGAGAAAGUUGCUGUGCCCUAAUUUUCCGUAUUUGCUUUUGGGCCUCGUGAUAAACAGCAACGUGGCAAAAGACUAACAUACACAAACUUAAAAUUAAAAUUAGGAUGCGAAAAAUUGAAAAACUCACUCUAAGACUUGAAUUUUGUGGAAAUAUCAAAUUCAAUUGUAUUACAACAAGUGCAUAAAACCAAGCUGUCAGUAUCCCUCCGAAUAAUCGGUGUUUGGUAAAGAUAUCGUGGUAAUUAUAGGGAUAUUUUAUUGCUAUAUAACGCUCUAUGCUCAUUAACGUCAAAAGCUGCGUUGAUGCGAUGACUGGUGGAACGUAGAAGAAUAAAUCGUUAUUUUCGAUGAAGCAGUUCAUCUUGGUUGUUAGUCGAUAUAUUUGCUUGAUAAUGAAAACUGGCUGCCCCAAUGCACCCGUCAAAAUGUCAGCUCCGGCCAAACUGGCCAACAAAGUGUUGUACUUAUUUCUCAGACGAGGUGUUUUUAUGACAACGAUUAUCACCAGAACGUUUAAACAUAUGCUAAAUGGAAGCACGAGUGAAUUGGCAAUAAUCACCGAUAUAAAUGCAGCUGAUGUUUCGCUGUUAACAUAGCUUGGUCGCCAUCCCUGCAUACCCAACUUUUUAUGUGAAUCACAACCGCUGUGUACUUUUGAUUUCUCGACGGAAGAGUUCAUUUCUAAUCCCAAACAAGAUGUUGUUUCGAACAGACUGGUUUGCAAGAAUCUUUGUUUUAGCCGGUGGCAGCGAAACCAUAAACCCAAGAAAUCGACGCGAAGACGAUCGAUAAUUCGACUGAACGAGUUAAGUUGGAGUCUGUCACUUUUAUCGGAUUUUAAAAAAAACUGAUAAUAAAAGUUCAUUAUCGUCUCCUUGGUAACUAGAACAGCUGCAAUAUGAAGAGAAAUGACAAUCAUGUAGCUAUAAAAAAGUGACUUGAAAGGGUUUAAAUUUGAACAAAGUAGUUUGAAAUGGCUUUCUCUCAAAAUUGUAUUUCCACUAAUAUUUCGUAAGUGAUAUUAAGGGAUUAGUGUACGUUUUUGCUUCUAAUCACAACCAUUUCCACAGAUUAUAAUCCAGCAAACCUGGAAAAACAACACAUUUAUAAAAUCACUGAUUAUUCGCAAUUAACUGCACUCUUGAAUUUUGAAUGAAGAAAACCCAAUGUCAUCUGCCAUGCAUGUGCAAUUAAAUUAAAAGUCAAUUGACGUAUCUGACCUUUAUGUUAAAUUUCACUCUUUUUUCAGCUUUACUGACUAUAUUGUAAGUUAAUCAAAAUUUAAAAAAUUGUCAAGGCACUUCUGUUGGUAAUUGUUGUGAUAUUAUUGCGUUCAACGAAGGAGAACGCAGUCUAUUCUUCAAGGCGCGGUUACCAAUUUCGUAGCGCGGCUACCGAGCAUCAGUAGAGGCGCUUUCUGUCGGAUUCUUCACACUCCUUUGGUUGCUCACAUAUUUGUGCCGUUUUCGUCGCCAUUUUGAACUUCACGCUAUUACGUAAUGCGCACGUACAAACUCAUUGCCACGAGGUCAAUUGCUUCUCCAAAGCAAAGUGCUCCAAAGCAAAGUGUGACGAGGAUCACAGCUGUUUCUCUUGAUUUCGCAGCCCAGAGCUUUUGAUGUAAGAUUAUGAAUCAUUUUGUACAUUUCACAGGACGAUAAGAUAGUCAUGUGGACUCUGAAUGUUUCAGAAUGGCACCAUGGUCAACUUUUAGACCGAAGUUUAUGAACAUUUGAAGCUUUUUUACUCUUCCAGGCGAUAAACAUGACGAAAAGAUCUGUUCAGCACUUGCUGUUCGACUCCAAAGCUGGUCCAAGCUCACGAUUCUGCCUUCAAUUGACUCUCACGAUUUUUUAACUUUUCUCAACACACGACUCCCAAUCUCAUAGUUUGUAGCGAAAUAUCAUUCUGAAAUGAAAUGUUUCUUUGUUCAGUAAAAACGUAAAUGUUUACUCACUUUUGCUGAAUCGUAAUUGAUUCUCCUCGUGUAAACCCCGAGAAUUGCAGUGUACAACCUUCAGCAAGAGACUUCGCGAUGGUUUUGCGAGACACCUGUCGGCCAUAAUGUUCUUCAAAUGCGACGAAGUGAGUUAAAGUACGGAUUUUACUGCCAAUUAAAACCCUGCUUGUUUUCCUCGAAUAUAUCUUUCAAUUCUUCAUAAAUUUUAAACAGCGUCCACCGGCAUAAUGGGCCAUUUGUACCAAGAGGUCAUGUGACAUCGUUUUAAUAAAAAUGAAAGUUAUUAAUGAUUUUUCUUUCGAAAAAUGAUUAGUGGGUCAUGUCUUAAACAAAAGAAUAGUGAUUUGGUUUUUCAAACCCGCACCAUUUUCUUAAAAUGAGUAAGUUCGUAGCUGGUCACGUGACCAAAAUGUGAUUUUUAAAAUUAUGAAUUAUAUGCUCUACUUUCGAGAUCGGCGCGGCACAGCCAUUCUUGUGUUUGAACAGAGGCUUUUUGCGGAUAGCUUUUUGUGGCGGCCCAAAAGCUAUAUAUUGGGUGACCAUAAGCUUAAUAACUACUUGAUAGCAAAAAAAACAAACCAGCAGACAAGCAGACAAUCCACUUCAGCUUAAAACCUUUAGAAGUAAACUCCGGCUUAAUAUUGUGAUUCCCACAUAUGUUCAGUAACAUCUGUAAACCUGGAGAAGGUUGGUAUGGCCAGCCCGAAAUAUUGUCAGUAUAAAAAACAAAACACGUUGUUUUAAAUCAGCUUUGCUGUAGUCUUUGGACUUCUUGUUCUUUUUUCCGGCUUAAACCCUUUUUGUACUUGUUGAGUGACAUAAAGUACUCUUAAAAUGUUUUUAGUACUCCUCACUCGAUAUGUAAAUGUUUUAUACUUAUUAUUGUUUCAGUUUUUGAGAGCUAUUUCCCAUCUUCCUGAACCCAAGGAGGUAGCCUUAGUUUCAUUUCAAGGGUAAGUCUGCUCUAUAUUGUUUUACGUUAAGUUAUCGAUUGUUUUUAUCUUAUUUCAUAUGUUUAACACUUAUAAUACAAAUAAUUAUUCGGUUAAUGUAAUACGAAAAAGGAAAACAAAGAACUUUGAGCCUCACAACCGAUAAGAUAACCUCUUUAUAUUUGUGGUAAACUUAGACAUCGCCGGCGGUCCGUUCUGAUAAAAACCAUUCAAACAAUUUGGUGAUUCUCUUAUGGUUGAAUACAGUUGAUCAUGGUAUCUUGCGUCGCUGUGGCUUUCAGGGUAAAUUUCUAGACUGGUUUAAUGCCUUCCUAGAAAACCGUACCCAGGUUGUUAUAAUCGAUGAUGGUGCAUCUAGGUCACGCCCUUAGAUUGUAACGUUCCUCAGGGAUCUAUCCUGGCCCCGCUACUGUAUUUGAUGAAUGCCCCGCUUGGCGAAUCUCUACGCAAGCAUGAGUUGACAAUUCAUAUAUAUACAGACAGCAGAUCUGUGUACGCUACUUUUCAGUUGUCAGGGCAGUGAUAGGGGAAAUGUGAUAACAUCAUCCCGAUCACUCUGUUUUAGGCGAAAAGCUGUCAAUGUGUAGGGGAGAUGUGCAUCUUCGAUAAUCCCUUGUUUUAUACAUAGUUUGUCGCUUAUUUGGACAAAAAAAAUCCAAACGAAAUCUGAAUGCGCUCUUAACCCAUACUAGAAAUGCCGAAAAAACAUAAUUUUGAAAGCAAAAAGUCUACAAGUUGUUCUAGCCCCGAUCUCGUUGAAUUUUCCUGGUUUUUACGUACCGUUGAAGAUUAGCCCUUUAACUACAAAAAGCCGCUGGUUUUAUCUUUAAAAAGUAGACUAUAAGUAUUUAAAAUGACGAUUUUAGUUAGUGAUCUUCGCAAAAAUUCCUCCCCGUUUUCUCUCUUAUUGUGGCGCUUCUGUGCGACGUUCAUGCUUGAAUAGCCCCUCCACGGUAGCUCAUUAUUAUGCGUAAAUGUCGUAAAUGUCCAGCCAUUCUGCCCGAUGUGUAGUGGCUGCUGGUAAGGACUAACUUAUUAUUUAAAUGUUAAAACACCUGCUUUCUUGAUUGAGUUAUAAAGAGUUACAUAAGCUGGCAAGUACACUGGGCUCUUCUUUUAUUGUUUUUUGUUUUUUGUUUUCUCUUUUUUCUACAAUGGUUAUCAUAUUUAUUAUAAGUAGUACUGGAACAAUUCUCAGCAUUAAUUGAAAAAAGUAUCAGUAUUUAGUAAAAUUAACUUUUAACAGCUGAGAACUCCCAAGUAUAAGAGCUAUGGACUACAAUAUUUUUUCUUAUUAAUGACGAAAGCAGAAGAUCUGCGUUGAAAUGUGACUUGAAUUUACCUGAAAUGAAACAUAAAGAGAAAUGUCAAAUUUCAUUGGUUGGAAAGAUAGUACUACGAUAUUGAAAAGAUUCUGCUGUUAAGAAGUCAAAUUGAUCGUUCUUUUUCUCUCAGUAAACAUUUGGAACUCUCUCAGUACCAACGAGAGGAACAGUUAAUCGCUAUCAAGUUUUAAGCGAAUUAUGUACCAGACUAUGAGUUUUAUUUUGAUCGAUUUAUUUUUGAUUUUUAAAAAGAUAAUUUUUGAUAUUGUUGUCGAAUAAGUAUAUAUACGUAUGAUUAUAUCUUUUACCUAAUAACACCGUCCAUCAGUUUGUUUGUUGUUUUUUUUUUCCCUUUUUAAUUAUCAAUUGUAAAUUAACUCUGAAAUUAACGCUGACUGUUAGCACUGUUCUUAAGACGACAACUGACUGUGAGGCCUCUUUUUAGACCGCAAAACCUUGUUGCACGCUUCCAGCUCAGAAUUCCUUACUUCAAAAACUUACAGCUUCAAGUGAGACUACGAACGUUUAUAACUGGAAACAACAAGCAGAAUCGAUCUCUGCUCAUAGACCUUGACACCUUUACAGUAAUCCAAGAACCAGGUAAAAUUAAACUAAACUUUUAUUGUUAGUUACAUUUUUUAAAAACGUUUUGGCAUUGUGAGACUCUCGUGAAUCGAAGCCCAGGCUAACAGCGGGAGUCGUCCAGCAAGGAAUGCACCUGGGAUAGAAAAUCGUCGGCAAAAAUUUUGAAGACCACAAUGGGUUUGUUGUUCUACGCUCGCCAUACGGUGAAUACUAAUGUCAUUAUCGCAAAAACGCUCGCUGCCUGCUUUGUUAGCUACGAGACCCUUAGAUAACACGUGGCAUGUAGAAGGAGAACAAAUACGGGCUUCAUGGGUUGCCACACGAGUUAAUCAGAUAAUAUUUGUCAUUUUCUACGAAAUGUGGAGGGUUUGCCUGUGAAGGGUGGUACUUAAAUUUUGGUGAACUGAGUGGACAAUUAUAUAUGUCUCGAAGUAAUCAUAUCAACUUAAAUUCAUGCAAAUGAAUUUUGUCGUCCAAUAGACCUUGCCAAUGUUACUAUAACAACACAUUUUUCGGAACAAGCUGGUACUAAGAUGGCUGCCUAUUGCUCGGCGAUCGGACCUUCUGCUUUGAUAUUUUCAUGGAAACGGAACCACGUGACCUUGAAGCCUUCCUACUGGGUGAAAAUCGAACAGCAUAACAGCACAUGCUCAGUGUUAACAAUAAGAAUGAUGGGAAAGGCAGACUCUGGAAAUUACACUUGCAAUGUCAGGUUGGAAGAUAAAUUUGUAUCAUCGUCAGUAUCAUAUAAUUAUUAUCAUCAUCAUCAUCAUCACCAUUCUUGCAUUAACAUGAACUUGUUGCUUCGUUGUACCGGUAGGACUGUUAAACAUUGUUUGGUUUAAGCUUGUUAAUGCGCAAGUGAUACAAAAUGUCGCAUUUGCAACUUUCGAAGAAAUUUCAAUCAAUACUCGUAAAGUGAGCAUAUUCUGAAAACAAUGAGAUGAGGACGACGCACUGUCACUCGUGUGGUAACCAGCAACAUUUUUCUUAGAUGUCCAACGAAACAUAAAAAAUAGCACCUCGCUAUCCAUUAUCUUUUGUCUCAGUACAUUUGUGUUAACCAUGGACGUUGCGCACUUCGGGACACGUUGGUCACACGACAAAAAUUACAUCAUCUGUCCAAGCUAGAGAAAUUGCACCUAUACCCUGCCUAUACAUCAAGGCAGCUUCAAUUGAAUCAAAUGCUUCAAUUGGGUGCUUCAAUUAUAAUUUGUUGUACUUACUGACUCUGGUUGUUUAAUACAGAUGUGCGAACGGUGCAACUAGGCUGUCUUUUUAGACAAGACUAUAACUCUUCUCCACUAGCCUAUAUAGGCACUACGUUCAGGUGUAUUUUUUGUGGCCAAAACUGCCAUCAAACUGAGUGAAACAAAAAUAACCGCUCAGAACGUUAAAACAAAGUAUGAAUAACACAGUACUGAAGCUACCUGGCGCGCAUGGGCGGUUCGUUUUUGUUGUUUGUAACGUGUGAAAUAAUGAUUGGGAGACAUAUUUGUUUAACACGACGCUGUGAUUUUGUCAUCCAUAAGUUAUCACUUUGAAAUGAUGCCUACUUAAAAUUAUGAAAAAAAUGAACUGGCCAGCCUUGAAACAGCCUCUUCAAUGAUGGACCAGCAUUUCAUCCGGGAAUCACUUUUAGGUGCCUAGAUGUUUGAAAACAGUGUCAAGCUCCGGGCUGCUGGUAUGGGGCUCCUACUACUACUUCCCUGAUUUCUUUAACAACCUUGUCCUUCCUUUACGGAAUAACGAAUAAAAAGCUAAUAAUUCUCGAUAUCUUUGGAAAAUUUUUUUAAAUGAUACCUUUCCUUUUAUUUCAGUAUAUCUAAGUCAAGUCGACACGAAACGGUAUUCGUGAAUGUUUCUGAGCCACCUGAAGUAAGAAUCAGACCUCUUGUAAGGACAUCGUUUCAAGGUAGGUUAAUGUAUCAAGGACAACCGACGUGGAUGAAAUAAUCGGAUUCUAGGCUGCAGUGCAGGCGUUUUCUUUGAGCGCGCAAUUUGACCAAUUUGCUAGCGAAAGCGCCAUGUUGAAACUUCCCGAGGAGAGGAUGAGAUGGGGCGAGUCAAAGGGAGCGGGGAGGGGGCGUUUUAUCCCUUCCCCCUCCCCCUUUCCUUCUUUCGCCCUCGCACCUACCGUAAGGGUUACUAUUUGUACUCUCCCCAAUCUUCCACCGUCAUAAAAUCAAAGAUGGCGGCUACAACAAUAUUACGAACACGAACAAGGUUUCGCCCACCCAAAAUACGCCUGCACUACAGGCUAAUCAGAUUCAGACAUUCUAGAAAUAACAUUUGUUUGUUGUUGACAAAGUUAAAGAGAGAGAAUAGAUAGCAACAUAAGUACUUUCAACAUAGCUCUGUGAAUUCUUUUAAAAAUAGUUUCUCCUAUUUGGCUCAAAGCAGAUGUCAUUUUUAUCGUCUGAUGCAAUGGUCACGGAGCCGCCAAAAAGGGUGGUUGCCGGAAGAAAGCAAAUAUUCACUUUUUUAAAACCAAGAGAGCUAGGAUGAUAUUUCUUUUGUUGCUUAAACGACCACAAGUUGGUAGCCAGUACCCUUUUGAUGAAUUAGAUGUAAAGAAAAAAAUAGAUACAAGACUAUCCGUAAAGCUACACUAAAAUCUGGAUAGAUCCAAGAUCGGAGGCGUCAACAGCAACUUUUUUGUUCACCCAAAUAACUAAAGCCCGAUUUAUUAAUUUUUACGGUACGGAAGCCGUGAAGGUUGAUGAUUAGCAACUUGAUAGUUUGCACGCAGUAAAUGGAAGUAACAGUUGCACUGAAUUGCUGAAAGUUUAGGAAUAAAUUAUCAUCUGCUUUCUCCUUAGGAGAAAGUUACACAUUUGAUUGUUAUUUGUUACGUGGUAACAUCUCAAGUCUUAAGGUCUUCUGGUACGAAAGGAAGAAAAACAGUCAAGAAAAACUCAUCAGCGGAAACCAUGAUUCACUAACGCUUACAGUUCAAGGAAACAUGCCAGAGGAUGAACGGAGUCACGUGUUGUACUACAGAUGCGAUGUCAGAAACUCAGAUGGAACUAGUUCCAGUCCUUCAGCAAAACUUGUUAUACUACGUAAAGGUAAAAUUAAAAGAAAGUUUCGCAGUUUCAGGAUUAAAGUGACCAAAAUAGAAAUUCAAUACAUGAAAUUCCCUUCUUUCAUCAGUUUAUAGAAUAUUACAAGACAAAUAACAGAGAGAAUGUGAGAAUGUUGCAAAAUAAUGAAGUUUCAUUUGACUUGGCACACCAUCCAUCGAUUUAACGCCAAGAGGCGAUGGAGGGGCUUUCUUAUUAUGUUUCUGGUUUUCAUUGGGGAGAUGAAAGGGUACUUUCAAGGCAACCACCCGAAGAGCAACCAAACAAGCCAGAUGAUCUUUUUCAACUUUGCUGAAACGUUAACUACAAACUCACAAAACACCUUGCUAUUUUUAACCUUAAUAUUUUGUAAAGAUGAACGUAAUUCGACUUUGAUGCUUACUAGCGUAUUCUCUUCUAUGGACAAGUGAAUACGGAGCCUCGGUUUUAUUAAGUGUAGCAGAGAUUGGUUAACUGCACAAGGUAUUACUAAUUAAAACGAAAUUUGUACUGGAGUUGAAGUUUAUACGAUCGGAUUUUUUUUUUUCAGUUUCGAAAUAGAAUCAGUAAGUAAAAUAAGAGAUGCCUUCCAUGGUUUCUCGUGGUUUGAUGUUUUGUGUAUUUGUCUUUGCGUUUGUUGUUGUUUUUGAUUAUUUGUUUGUUUGUUUUUUUUGUCUUGCCCUAGGAGCAGUAUUUUGUCCUAGUAUAUCAUUUUCUGGAAUCACUUGGUCAAUGACGGCCCCUGGAAUGAGUGACCUUCAAAGAUGUCCUAAUGCUACUGGUAAGGUAACAGUACAAUGCAAGAAACUGUUGAAUUUUAAUGUAAUGAGAUGCCUUGAUCUAUAUUUAUCUUAACUUUAUCUAUGCUAGAUUUUUAUAAGAAAAGCUUAAGAUUCUUUUGAAAGGUAAUUCUUAUAGAGGAUCAACUUGCAACAAAAAUCUUCCUUUAGUUUGUUAUCUUUCCUAAAAUUAAAGUUCUUUGUUUUCUUGUUUUUUUUUCCAAUACAGGUCUUGCGGUAAGAUCUUGUGUCAUCACCGAGUCAAAAAAAGCCGAAUGGGGCCAAGUCGACUUCUCAGAUUGCAUGAACCUCGAAAUCAGGAAAAUAUAUGCCGACGUGAGUAGAAACGUAAACUAUUUUAUUUAUUUAUUUAUUUAUUUAUAAACUUCGCCAAAAGUCCUGGAUCACUCAUAGAGAAAGCUCCACUAUGAGGUCCGGAAAAAAAAAGAAAAGAAAAUUAAUAAUACAACUAACAAGAAUGACAAUACUUUAGAAACGACAACAAAAAGAAGCGGAAAUGCAAACCAGAAUUGGGGAGGACAUCGAUAAAAAAUGAACAACACAUACGAUCGAGCAAGCUGUUCAAUAGCCGACUAGUGUCAUCGACAUCAUAAACAGACUUAGUGAGAUACAAGUAGUAAAUAAAAAGAUCUUCCUUAAAGUGCGCUACUGAACAGUCAGUGUUCCAGAGGUGGGCUGGUAAGGUAUUCCAGCAGAUUCUUGGGGCUUUACAGUAAAAACUUUUCUCAAAGGUGACGGUGUCGGCCCUACUCGUAUUCAACAUCUCUUACUUUUAUUAUCAUCAAGGUUUCAUAAAUUGAGCUUUAUAGUCAAGCUUCCUGACAUCCCAAACAGACAGCUCCACGGAUUUUCAAUACAGAGGUUUCCGUAUUAGAGAUAUAGGGAAUGAAUAAAGUUUUAAAUCGUUCAUACCAACAUGAUCCUUCUAGCCCGUACAUGGACCUCUUAUUGUUUUCUUUUUAGAGAUUGUUGAGUGCGCUUAUGACAUAAAAAUCGUGGGAAAGAGAAAACGUCUGUGGACAGACUAGAUUGUCAGCAAGAGGGAUAAGUUUAUUUCAUAGCGGGAGGAGUCCCUAACGAGAUGCUCAUAAGAAUCCAUGUAAUUAUCAUUACUUAAAAUGAAAUCAUACUUGCCAAUCCGUGGGAGUAAUCAUGCUCGUUGCUUACGAUUUUUUUUCCUUGUCUUCUACAAAGGUUGUAGCAUUUACAGAUGGAUACGCAGUGAACACGACGUUGAGUUCCAUACUCCAGGACUUAGAAAACAUAACGGCAACCUACAGUGUUCCUAAAGUUGGAAAUAAAUCAAGUCAGAUGUACCAAAGAGAUAUGAAGACUUCUGUAGAUGCUUUGACGAGGCUGAUAAAAUACAACGCUGUAAACAAAAACAAACCCCUCAGCAAUCAAAAAGAUAUAAAAAACCUGGUGAAGGCUUCUAGCAAUCUGCUGAGAAUCACCAAUUUACCCGCUUGGAAAAAUUCGCUCGAAGUAAACACGAUUCACAGUUUUCACUGACUUUUAGGAGCCAUGACACGAUUUUUUUGUAAGAUGAAACCCCUGUGACCAAAAACCAGUCAUACCAUGUUUUCCCGUUGAUAUAAUUAUCUUAUAUCUCUCUUUUAAAGUUUCAGUUAUGAAAAAAGAUGAGUGAGAGUACUUACGUACAACUCAGCUUUGACUAAACAAUAGAGAACUAACCAUGACAGUACAGAGCCCCUUUAACAACAAGACUGAUAUACUGUUUGAAACGAAGUAUAAAAGCAGUUAUACUCAUGUUUUAUGAGAACAAUUAAGGGAGUGAAGCGCCCUUAUUCUUAGCUACUUGCGAUGUUCUUGGGAAAAAUAAUCCAAAAACUCGUAACAAAUAGCUAUCAUCGUCGCUAAUUGCCUUUUUGUUGUGAGAUGUCAAUCAUAUCACGCAUUAAAAUUGUAACCAUUAAAAUUUCAGACGUUUUCCCUUUUUAUGUCAAUAAAUUUCCCGCUUUUAUAUUUUCAUAAGCGCUCUCGGCAAUGUCCAAUAAACCAACAAAAAAAACACAUUACACAUACUCAAGGCUACACUUGAAAAAGGCACAGUUAUAAUCGUCUUUAAAGGGGACGUUUAGAAAAACACAGUAGCAAAAUUUCAUGGCCACAUGAAUUCAGUAGCAAACUGUAGUGGUUUCUACUUUUUUCUCAUCACUUCGUAGGUUGAAGGUGACUUAGCAUACCAGAUGGUAUCAGCACUUGAUGAAUACGGACACCAUUCUACGAGCAAGAUAACAGAAAUUCACAUCAACGCUGAAAACAUUGCUUUGUUGGCAGUCAAGGUUUCUGCAAACAGUUCUGUGAGUUGAUAAGGGACAGUAGAUCUAACACAAUUUAAAAACCUCAUAAAAAAGACCAUGAAACACUGACAAGUUUGAAUUUCCUGUUUCAGCAAGCGUCGUUUAAAUAAAGUUUUGAUAUUGUAUUAGUUCAACCACUGAGUUUUUUAAAGCAUGUAACAUAUCGUUCCUUUCAAUAUUUGUCAAUAUAAUCUAUGCCAGCACUAUUUCCUUGAUUUAACUCAUAUCGGUUACUCGUAUGAUUUCGUUCUUAUGUUUAGUACUUGUUUUCAUGACUGGUUUAUAUCCUGUAGGUGUCUACAAAAGGCCUGAAGAUGACCCAUGGACAAAGUUCCAUUGAUCUUCCACCGGCUCUCUUCAGCCAAACAAAUAACUCGGUCACAGUAGUGGGUGUGUACUUUAAUACUCUGGAUCAGGUUCUGAAAAGCUCAGAUACAUGUAUUACCAUUGCGUCUGGUACUUCUUUGAUUAAUGACUCUAACUGGUCAUUUGACUCAAGAGUGGCGUCAAUCACAAUGAGGCCCCGCCCACCUGAAGUCAUCGCACCACCAUUUAAAUUGGUUCUAGAGAAACGCAAGGUACUGGAAUAUUAACUUUGUUUCUAAAGGAAAAAGUCAAAGAUGAUGAAGCUUUUGAUAUAGUAGUGAGGUUCAGAUAAACUGAGAAUACUCUAUCUUUGCUGGCCUAUAUAGUUUGAGAAUCUGGUCUCUGUGUUCCUUCUAUGUUUUGAAGCGUUCACAAUUUUCUGUUAAUUUUGAUUUGAGAUAUAUUUGGUGAUCCCCAAUGAAACAUUGCAUAAAAAAGAGUCGUGCUUAGGGUGGUUAGAGCUCGAUAUACAUGCAUACACUUUUUGGAAAAUGUGCAAAACAUAAGCUAGACAAAGUGUUUAGAAUACCAAGGCAAAAAUGGACUAGCGUUUCGCCCAAGAAGAGUUCAAAAUGUUCCUUCAUAGCUCAUCCUUGAAUUUUCCAUUGCAACUGCCUGCUUAAAAAUUAUUAGAAACUGUAAUUAAUAGAUAUUCGUGAUAAUUUUGUUCUCUUCCAGGUUACUUAUACUGAAGGGGAGAAAAUAUGCGUAUUCAUUAAUAUUAGCGAAUCAAACAUAAGAGCACAAAAGAACGUUUGGUCGUCACGUGGGUGCGAAUUGGUGACCUCGCAAACAAGCAGAACAACUGCAACUUGCGCCUGCAAUCACAUGACGUUAUUCGCACUGCUGAUGGACAGCGGCGGUAACAAGGUAAGUCCAAAGCUAGUCAGAAUACCGCAGCUUUCUAAAAAAGAAAGUCAAUUAGUCUCGGUGAUACUGCAGGGAAAUCAAGUCGGCAACUAAUGAAAUGGAUUCGAGUAAACCAUCCAAUCUGAUGUCAUUGUAAACAAAAGCAUUUAGUCUCAAUAAAUUUGAGAACUCUUUGCCCCGUACAUUGCCCAGUUCGUAGAGGGCCGAUUAGUGCAAACUCACAGAGCUAAAAAUUUUAACCCCAAAAUGGUUUUUUUAUGACUUAAAGGCUGCUUAUAGCCUGUCAUCCUUAAUUAACAUAUAACAGCGUUGGUCUUAGAAAAGGCUCAGAGAUAUUUUGUCAACUGUAUACGUGUUUAUGUUCCUUUCCUAAAUUAACCUUCAGUUAAAGUUACCCCCACUCAGGCCAGAUAUAUGCGUUCAAACGGUAAUCCAUACAUCAACAUCUUAUUCUGUCCUUUCAUCACUUUCCCUUCUUCUUUGAUCUUUGGCAAUUACUAUUCAAUUCUAGAUAACAGAUGCCAGCCACCGAACUGCUCUCUCCUGGAUCUCUGUAGUUGGCUGUUUUUUGUCUUUGGUAGGAAUAGUGGUCACCUUGUUUGUCACGUUCCUUUUCUGGAAGAAGUUGCGCUCUCCAAGAACCGUUGUUCUUGUCAAUCUCUGCGUUGCCAUAGCGGUAACAGACGUGCUUAUCAUUACCAAGGAGACUGCCGAUAUAGAAAACCAGGUUGGUUUUGCAAAGCUAGUAAUCACUAAUUGGCAUUGCCUUGUCUUUUGAAAAGGUUGGAAAUAAAAUUGCUUUUAGACUAAAAGCCGGGAUCAUUCCUGGCAGGACUUUUACCAAACUCUUGAAAGCCUAGGCUGAGGGUCUCCGAUAGGGUUCUUCAAUCCCGCGAGAAUUCCAAUGGUUACUUUCGGGAUUCCACAUCCCAUGUACACUUUCAAUUCCGAAUAUCGGCCUUCAAAAGGCAACCAGAAAAACUUAUUGGGGACCCUCUGGCCAGCGCAGACGGGGAAGGGAAAAUCAGGAAGGUGCGAAUGCUAAGGGUACACGAGGAAGGCUGAACGACUGGGCUGAACGACUGGUGUCCCUCUUCCUUCGCGUACUCGUAAGUUUAUGCUCAGUUCCGUCUCUACCCUUCUCUUUAGAAACAUUUGCCACAAAGUUUAAGAUAACGCUUGUACGUUGUACAUAUAGUCUGUACUGUUACACAGGCCAGUAACCUAACAGAUUUUUUUCACACAGUAAGCAAAAUAAGCCAGAUUUUUUAGUUUGCUUGUUUGUUUGUUUGUUUGUUUUUUCACUCUAAAGGACUAAGAAUCCGGUUUGCUUUAACGCUCAAACUACUGAAUUUUUUCUUACAGACCAGUUGUACGGUGCUAGCAGUAUUCCUUCACUUCUUUACUCUGUCCAUUUUCUGUUGGAUGUUAUCUGAGGGCAUACAGCUGUAUUUCUCCCUUGUCAAAGUUAUUGGAGUCACAUACUUUAUAAACAUCAAAUUUUUCUACAGUCUGGGCUGGGGUAAGCUUUAUUGUUUAUUUAAUGUUUCAGUACAGAAAACUUUUUUUUAAUCAUUAUUUUUAUUUCAAAUAGUCUUAAACUCAAAAUGAAUUGUUCAAUAAUAUUAAAACCGUUCUAUGCGCUAAAAAGCAAAACGAAAAAUAUGAUUCACUUAGCUUAUACUUGUGAUUAAAAAGUUUGAAGAAACAUCAAAACCUGUCCUCAGUUUCCAAGUCUAUUGUUAAUCAUUUUUCCAGGUUUUCCAGCUCUAGUCGUGUCAGCUUCCUUGGCAGCUACACAAGGUCGAGGGUACGCUGAUAUGAAGACGUGCUGGCUGAGUCCACACAAUCACGUGCUUUGGGCAUUUGUGGCGCCGGCACUUCUCAUUGUCAGCGUAAGUUAAAACAAUUUUAAGAAUUUUUGACUAAUGGCUAUAGGAUACGGAACAAGGAUGUUCUAAUAUUCCUCCAGAAAUUCUCUAUAAACAGCUGAAUGUUGAAAAGCUUUAUUUCGACUGUUCCCACAAGUAACACGAAAAUAAUCAAAGAACUAAAGUCGAACGAGUGCGAGGUCAAGUCUGGAAAGGUCAUUUUUUUCAACCACAAAUAAAGGCUAGUUGUAACAAAAAUCUCCUACAAAACUUCUCAAAUAAACUCAGAGCCAUAGUGUACCACGCUUAGCGGCCUGGCCAUAUAUGUGGAGUUAUUCUGCCUAACCUCAAAUGGCAGAGUUUGACAGGAAGCUAUUGCAAAAGAACGCUUAACAGAACAGUGGCGAGAAAAAGUAAUGUCAUGUUUCUAUUCCUGUCUAAAGAAAUCAUGCACUUUCAUUUCCGACCUUGUCCUUAAGGCAGUAUUUUUUGUUGGCAGUAGCAAUCUACUAAUAAUUUGUCUUAUUCUAGGGAAACAUGGUGGUCUUUGCACUAGUUAUCCACAGUAUGCUAUCAACCCAUCGACUGAGAAACGAACCCCUGGCAAGAAGAUUUCAGCGCGGGCUCAAAGCAUCUUUUGUACUUUUACCUCUCCUGGGAAUUUCCUGGUCAUUUGGUGUUUUGACAAUGUCGUCAGACAAAAUCAUCUUCAAUUACUUAUUUACGGUCUUUAACUCAUUGCAAGGACUUUUUAUAUUUGUUUUCCAUUGCAUCUUAAACAAGCAGGUACUUGUCAUGUUCUCAGUUGUUCUCGUCAAGACUUACGCGAAAACUCUCAAAUAAAUCAUAGAAAAAAAAACAAGUAUCUCUAAUAGAAAAAGGUAGCUUCACCUGAUAUUCAGGUAUCUCGAGAUUGGUUUAUAAAACCCGGAUGUGCUUCGUCCUUUCAAUUCGUUUUUCUUGGUGUUUGGAUAAAGCUAGGAUGAAACACUCCAUUUAGUGUUUAAUAUAAUAUUUUUUGUCCUUUCUAAAAUUUCGAACCUGUCGUGGCAUCAUAUUUGUUUUAUAGAACAUUUUUAGUAAUCUAUGAUCGGCUUCGUUGUAAGGCAAUCGUUAUUGAUCGCGGUUACAUGCACAGUGACUAAUUUGAGCGAAAAGGAGCUAUUAUUCGGAGGCCGCGAGUAAGAGAAGCGAAAAGAGGGCUGUGUGUUUUGAAAAUAACCUACGUGUAGAAUAUACGCGAAGCGCACUGUCUUUUCUAUCCUGUGAAUUCCCUUAAUUGUCUUAAUUUGGAUUUAGAUUAGAGAUGCUAUAUCUGAGCGUAAAAGGAAGCGAGCAUGGUUCGUAACAGAAGCUAUGACGGCUCCUACGAAGAGGAAACUCAGUACUACGGCGGACUCUACAUAUGGUAACAGUUAUUUUGCGGCCUGCCGAGAUUUUGCCUUCUGAGCCUUGUCGUACUGAAACAUGGUCCCUUCUAGGGGCGGUUUCUUUUGUCAUGAUCACUGCAAGCAAAACUUGAUUACUUGUAAAUCAGGAAGACUUUUUAGGCAGGGUUAAGUUGCAUAGCCCUUGUCAGUCUCUUGUCUAUGUAGCUAACCUAUUCAUCAUUAAGAAAAAAACAGUUUUCAGUGGCUCAGAAUGGCUCACAGUCUAGUCAUGUUUAAACAUCAUCAUUACAUGCAGUACACUUAUUCACUCACAUCAUUCCUGGCUGUGAUAUUUCAUAGGCACCAGCAGUCGAGUCAGUAGCGCAACUGGUCUCAGGCUUUUUACCCUUCAACUCUUUAAAUCGGAAAUUUCCCCCUCGCCUCAACCUUCACCAGUGAUGAACAGCACUCACAACGAGACAUCCCUCACAUCAGCGCAGGUAACCCCCGAGAAACUACGAACAGAACGCGCCUUGUUAAUACGAAAGGAAGACAGG